CAUGCAGAUCCUUUCUGAUUGGCUGACACACAUCUUACGUAACAUGAGUACACUUAUUUAAACCCACAAUAUAGUGGAAAAAGAAUACAUCAAGAGUUCAAGAAAACAAGACACAUCUCUGAUAUACUAUCCAGCAGAAACACUCAGUUUGCUGUUCGGAGCACAUUUCCUGAGUCAGAGUUCCAGUGUUCUCUGAGAAACGAUGGCGGUCUGGACUGUUUAUCUGUCUAUCUGUCUUCUGGUCGCUUUGAAUGCUUCAGUGGAAACGCGUCAUGUUGAAAAUAAAGAUUGUGGUGGAAAUGCGCUUAGUUUGGAUGGGUUUUUCAUGUCCCCGGUACCGAUGACCUGGUCUGACAGCAGACGGUUUUGCAUAAAUCAUGGUGGAGAUCUGGUCAUUAUCAAGAGUGUUGAGAAGCAGAGGCUGGUAUCUUCAUUGGUCAGGGAGAAGAUGCAUGUGUCCGUGUGGAUUGGAUUGAAUGACUUAGAGAUCGAAGGCAACAUGAAAUGGGUGGAUAAUACACCACUCAAUCAAGGGUUUUGGAUGAGCGGUGAGCCGAAUAACAAUGAUGGAAAUGAGGACUGUGUUAUUAUGAAUCCAAUACCCAACCUGGGAAACUGGAAUGAUAUCCCAUGCCUUGAUAAGAGCACUGUUCUUUGUGAAUAAAAGGGUUCAUCUCAUCUUGACAUGCAUUUACUUUUAUUAUCUUAUGGCAUAAAAUUGGAUAAAUUGUUAUCGUUCCUGUCUUUUAAAACCCUGUCAGCUUAUUUCAUCAUAUAUUACCUGCUUUCGUAAUGUCAGUUUCAUUUUAUAAUUCUGUAUAUUCUUAUAUCCUGGAUAUUCAGAUCAAAGAAAAAUGUAAAACUGUCAUUAUUUUCUUAUUGCUAUAAUAAACCUGAAUCUCUGAGUGAAUUAGCAUAAUCUGAGACAGCAGAUGUCUCUGAACACUCUGAUGUGUUCUUUUCUUGCUGCAUCAUCUUAAUAUGAUUUUAUUCAAUCUGAU